CUCCUCCUCCCGAACGAGUCUGGCCGGAGUCUGUGGCUCAAAAUGGCGGCCGCGGCGGCGGCCGGAGCAGACCGAGGAGGGGGUAGUAGCGACAGCCGCUGAGGCGGGCCGGCCCCUGCAGCCCAGCCGGGGAUCAUGGAGGCUGCGGGCUGCAGCUGAAAGACGCGCUUGAAAUGGAGGCAAAGAACCUACCUGAGCCAUGUCUUGAAGUUUUAUAAUGGAUUAUGGAACUGUGUGCUGAUGAGCCAGCAAGUGGAAUGCCUGAGUGACUGAAGAAAAUGGGUGCUAAUGCUUCGAACUACCCUCAUUCGUGUUCCCCAAGGGUAGGGGGAAAUUCUCAGGCACAACAGACAUUCAUAGGAACAUCCUCCUAUUCUCAUCAAGGCUAUGGCUGUGAAGCCAAACUGUAUAGCCUUGACCAUGGCCAUGAGAAACCUCAAGACAAGAAAAAGAAAAGCUCUGGGCUUGCCACCCUCAAAAAGAAGUUUAUUAAGCGCCGAAAGUCUAGCCGGUCUGCCGAUCAUGCCAAGCAGAUGCGUGAGCUACUCUCAGGCUGGGAUGUUAGAGAUGUCAAUGCGUUAGUGGAAGAGUAUGAAGGAACGUUAGCCUUAAAAGAGCUUUCUCUACAAGCUAGUUUGGCAAGACCAGAAGCCAGAACGUUGCAGAAAGACAUGGCUGAACUGUAUGAGUUCAAAUACUGUACGGAUGUAGAUCUAAUAUUUCAAGAGACUUGCUUCCCUGUGCAUCGUGCAAUUUUGGCUGCAAGGUGCCCAUUUUUUAAGACCCUGCUUUCUUCUUCACCUGAGUACGGUGCAGAGAUUAUAAUGGAUAUCAACACAGCUGGCAUAGACCUGCCCAUGUUUUCUGCAUUGUUACACUACUUGUACACAGGAGAAUUUGGAAUGGAGGACUCAAGAUUUCAAAACGUUGACAUCCUUAUGCAGCUCAGUGAAGAAUUUGGAACACCAAAUUCCUUAGAUGUUGAUAUGCGAGGGCUGUUGGACUACAUGUGUUACUAUGAUGUGGUUCUCAGCUUUUCAUCUGACUCUGAACUGGUUGAAGCUUAUGGUGGAAGUCAGAGCUGCUUAGAUGAGGAGCUCAGAGCGCACAAAGCUAUAAUUUCAUCACGGUCCCCAUUUUUUCGACAUCUACUACAGCGGAGAAUACGAACCGGUGAAGAAAUCACAGAUAGAACGCUAAGGACUCCAACAAGGAUUAUACUGGAUGAAUCUAUCAUACCAAAAAAAUACGUGAGAGUGAUUUUAAACUGUAUGUAUACAGAUUUGGUGGACCUCUCUAUUUUGCACAGCAGUCCCUCAGUGGGGAGUUUAAGCGAAGUUCAGGCUCUUGUAGCAGGAAAGCCAAACAUGACAAGGGCUGAAGAAGCUAUGGAACUUUACCACAUUGCUCUCUUCCUGGAGUUCAAUAUGCUUGCGCAAGGCUGUGAGGAUAUUAUCGCUGAGAGCAUCUCACUAGACACCUUAAUUGCCAUUCUCAAGUGGAGUUCUCAGCCGUACGGCUCCAAGUGGGUUCAUCGCCAAGCACUGCAUUUCCUCUGUGAGGAAUUUAUACAGGUCAUGGCUUCAGAUGUCUUUUAUGAACUCGGCAAAGACCACCUGCAAACUGCCAUCCAGUCUGACUACUUACAGGCGAGUGAGCAAGAUGUCCUGAAGUAUCUUGUUAAAUGGGGUGAACAUCAGCUCAUGAAAAGAAUAGCAGACCGAGAGCCCAAUUUGCUGAGUGGCACAGCUCACAGUGUGAACAAGCGAGGUGUAAAGAGGCGAGAUCUUGACAUUGAGGAACUGAAAGAGAUCCUUUCUCCUCUCCUACCGUUUGUCCGUAUUGAGCAUAUUUUGCCUAUGAACAGUGAAGUCCUGACUGAUUCUAUGAAGAGAGGUCUCAUCAGCACUCCUCCUUCGGAUAUGUUGCCGACAGCGGAAGGUGGAAAGUCAAAUGCCUGGCUGCGACAAAAGAAUGCGGGCAUUUAUGUGAGGCCAAGACUGUUUUCACCAUAUGUGGAGGAGGCUAAGUCGAUUCUAGAUGAGAUGAUGGUGGAACAGACUGACCUGGUUCGUUUACGGAUGGUUAGAAUGUCCAAUGUGCCAGAUACUCUCUACAUGGUAAACAAUGCCGUUCCACAGUGCUGUCAUAUGAUAAGUCACCAGCAAAUAAACAGUAACCAAUCCAGCGCUCCUUCAGUUGUAGCCAAUGAAAUCCCAGUUCCUCGUCUCCCUGUUGUGAAAGAGAUGGUCAAGCGACUGCAGGAGCUCCGCCAUACUGAGCAGGUGCAAAGAGCUUACGCUCUGAACUGUGGAGAAGGGGCCACUGUCAGCUACGAGAUUCAGAUCCGUGUGCUGCGGGAAUUUGGACUUUCUGAUUCUGCUGCUGAGCUCUUGCAGAAUCCUCACAAGUUCUUUCCAGAUGAGCACUUUGGGGAUGAAAGCCCGCUCUUGACCUUGAGACAGCCGGGGCGGUGUCGCGUGAACAGCACGCCCACAGCGGAAACCAUGUUUACAGAAUUAGACUCUUUUGUGGCCUUCCAUCCACCGCUUCCCCCUCCCCCACCUCCUUACCACCCGCCGGCUACUCCAAUCCACAAUCAGUUCAAAGUCGGCUGGAAGCAAAGGGCACAGAGCCAGCACCCCUCGCGUUCCUUUUCUUACCCCUGCAACCAUUCCCUGUUCCAUGCCAGAACAGCACCGAAAGGCCCCCCUCCCAUCUACCUGUCUGGUGUCAAAGCCACACCCCCCGAUUGCACUAACACUACAGGACUGGGAAGACAAACAGUUGCUGCCGCAGCAGCUGUGAUGGCUGCUGAAAAGCAAGUAGGUACUCAACCUGUGCUCAAUGAACUGAUGCCAGAUAUCGCUAUGGGUGUGUCGACAAUGUCUCUGAAGGACAGGAGGCUGCCAGAGCUCACUGCUGACACAGAACUGAGCCAGCCUGUUCUGGAAGUUGGGCCAGGAGCAGCCCAGCACAUUUCAUGCCUUCAGACAAGGCACAUGCACAGUUCCCGGAAAAAACAUUCAGUUGAACAAAAACUGGAUUCGAGAGAGAAUCCGCAGGAAUACCCGGAUUUCUACGAUUUCUCCAACGCUGCAUGCAGACCGUCUACUCCUGCCCCCAGCAGGCACACUCCUUCACCUUCUCAAGGUAUCUAUUUUGGCCCAGAUUUGUACAGCCACAAUAAAGCAUCACCCAGCGGCUUAAAGGCCACCCACUUACCUAACCACAUCUCUCCAAAAAAGCUUGAAGACUCUCGGAGGGAGUAUGCACUUUCUCAAGAAGGGCAUCCGCAUAGACAAAAGAAUGAACCGAUACACCUCGAUGUCUUAGAACAACCUCCCCAGCGGUUGGACUUGGCAUUGGCGGCCCAAGAGAAUGCUGGAAAUGGCCCAGUUCACGCAAGGGGGCGAACAAAAAUAGAAUCUGACUUAACCUAUGGGUUAACCUCUGGCCGGCCUUCUCUGCCUGCAUACAGCUCAGAGAUCCAUGAAGAGCAGUCCGGCCGGAGGCUGGCAGACCUCGAGCCCUUGGAGCAUGAAGCACAGAGAAAUGUGGAUUUGGAAAGGGAAGAGGCAGUAAGCAGAGGAAGGAGGUCUCCCAGCAAACCAGACUUCCUGUACAAAAAAUCUGCCCUCUGAAAACCACCUCCACUUCUUCUCUGUGCCUAAGAGUCAUGAAAUAUCCAGUCUUUGCCACCUCUGGCCUGACUUUGGUUGGGCAAGUUCAUUUAUUGCCAGCUGCCACAUCACUUUUUUAAUUAUUAUUUUUGUACAUACAUGGCUUCCUUAGAGAUGGCAUGAUACCAGUUUGUUUGGAAUGCUGCUCCAGAGUUUGUGUCCGGAACAGAUUUUGUUAAGCCUCUUUAAAAAAAAACCCGGCACCUUUAAGAAAAAAAUGAAAGGUAACCUUUUGCACCUGUACAUUAAUUUUAUUUAGUUUUUUUUUACUAGUAUGUUAAAACUUGCUGUUAUAUUUAAAGGACAAUGUUCAUGUUCUCUUGGGUGGCUUUUUAAAAAAGAAUUCACCUUCUGGCUUCCUGUGCGCAUUGGGUUUGCGCACUGAGAUACGUAUUUUCUUAUCAAAUGGUGACAAUGUCUGUCUUUAUUUUUGAAUGACUAUAGGAAUUCCAAAGAACAGCACAUCUAAGUAACUGCUCUGGUUCAGUCUCAAGCCUUCCUGGUCUACCACUAGUGCAAGAAUCCAGCCUAAUACGUUUGUUCUGUUUACCAAGUCCAUGGCAGCUGGCCUUCAUCUUGAUGUAGCAAGCCCCCACUGAUGUUUGUGGCCGAGGUUUUCUGUGGAAGUGAGGAGUAGAACUCUCUUUGGGUUCCUUGAAAUAUCUCUCUCUCUCUCUCUCUCUCUCUCUCUCUCUCUCUCUCUGGGGUUGGGGGCUGACAUAACACCUCUGAGAAGCACUUAGUUAACUCCUUUUGUUGGAAUACACCUGGUAAUGCAAAUUGUGAUAGUACUGUAAACACUCUCAUCAAUUUUUCCUUUGAGUAAGGAUAUGCAGGUAUGGGAAGGUUUUGUACCAAGCCCAGGACAGUGAGAAGAUGCUGCAUAGCAUCUGACUUUGGUGUUAACGCUCCAUCUCCUUAGAGGAAGCUGCCUGUCUCCAGUAGAGGCACCUGAAGGCGUGCUUUCUGCCUUUUUUUCUUCCACCUGUGAUUAAGCAACCAAGGGCUUCAAACUUAGUGAUGUCACUGAGGGCUCCUGGAUGGACCCUGUGAGUCUCUUGCUUUGUGGAUGGAAAUCACAAAUUGAAGAGGAACGCCUAAGGCUUAAAUUAGCUGUAAGCAAUUUAGCACUUAAUUUCUUCAUCCUAACCUCUUCCGUGUGCGUGCGUUUCGUUUUGUCUUUUU